UGAGCAUCGAGUUAAACAGCAACUGGAAGUUGAAGCUGAUGCGACGGGACAAUCACAAAGAUGAACCGGUUUGUGUGUCUCCUGGCUGCAAGCCUUUACCUGUGCUUGCAGAGCCAAGUAUCUGCUGAGUCACUUCUGAGCAGGAGUCAGAUUGAAAGGGCCGUGAUCGCUGCUAAAGCCAAUGUGGACUCAGCUUAUGAAUACAGCAGAAGAGAGAGCAUUGAACGUGUGAGGAGGAAUGCAGCAAGUCCCUCUGACAUCCUGCGUUUGCUGAAGCAGCCUGUUGGGGCAACCCGUUCUGCCGUGCGUGCUGCUGACUACAUGGACAAUGCUCGGAAACUGAUCGAGAAAUCUCUGCUGAGACGUCAGAGGCGUUCCAUCAAUGCCACAGAUCUGAUCUCUGAGGAGGACCUGCAGACUAUUGCUGAACUGACAGGCUGCUCCGCCAAACAUCGUGUACCCUCUUGCCACUCAGUUACCAAUUUGGACAAGUUUCGCACUGCGGCCAGUGUCUGCAACAACAGGGAAAAUACUCGAUGGGGAGCUUCCAACACACCUUUCAUCCGCUGGCUUCCUGCCGAGUACCAGGAUAGAAUCUCUCUGCCAAAAGGCUGGGAUCCUGAUCUGAAAGUCAACAGACACAUACUUCCCUUGGUAAGAGCAGUGUCCAACCGGAUUCUCAACACAAAGAACUCUGAAGUGGAAAGCGACCCUCUCUACACUCACCUGGUGACAAUCUUCGGCCAGUGGACUGACCACGAUCUGACCUUCACUCCUCAUUCUCCCGUCAUCCGCUCAUUCAGUAACGGCGUUGACUGUGACCAUACCUGCGAUCGCACAGAGCCCUGCUUCCCCAUUGAGAUUCCCAAGGAAGACCCCCGCUUUGGCAGUAACUCAGAAGAGUGCAUCCCCUUCUUCCGCUCAUCAGCAGCUUGUGGUUCGGGCAACACAGGGCACUUCUUUGGUGCAAGCAGUACUCGUCAGCAGAUGAACUCUCUCACAGCGUUCCUUGAUGUAGGCCAGGUGUACGGUGCAGAUGACACCAAAGCCCGCUUCCUCCGGGAUCUGUCCUCAGAUAAGGGUCUGUUGAAGGUCAAUACAGAGUACACUGACAACGGCCGUGAGCUCCUGCCAUUCGCCAAUAUGAGUGUCAACAUGUGUGCUACACGAGCUCGCAUAACUAAAGACAGCAAUGCGCAAGAGGUCCCCUGCUUUGUGGCUGGUGACGAGCGAUCCAACGAGAACAUUGGUCUGACUUCUGUACACACACUGUUUUUGCGUGAACACAACCGUCUGGCACGAGCUCUGGCCAAACUCAAUCCUGACUGGAAUGGAGAAAGACUCUACCAGGAGGCACGCAAGAUCAUGGGAGGAUACUCUCAGGUCAUCACUUUCAGAGACUAUCUACUUCACAUUGUUGGUCCAGACUUCAUUGCCAAGCAGCUGUCCACCUACCCUGGUUAUGAUGAAGAGGUUGACCCCAGCAUCUCUAAUGUGUUCGCCACAGCUGCCUACAGAUUUGCUCACCUGAUGAUUCAGCCUUUUAUGUUUCGUCUUGAUGAGGAGUACAAGGAGCACCAUGAAUAUCCCAGCCCACUGCUGCACAGAGCCUUCUUUGCACCAUGGAGAGUCGUCUUUGAAGGUGGUUUGGACCCAAUCGUGAGGGGGCUGGUGGGUCGCCAGGCCAAGCUGAACACACAGGAUCACAUGAUGACUGAUGAACUGAGGGAAAGGCUGUUUAAAUUCUCUGCUGAGCUGGCACUGGAUCUGGGGUCUCUCAACCUGCAGAGAGGCAGAGACCAUGGACUCCCUGGCUACAACAAAUGGCGAAAGUUCUGUGGGCUGUCACAACCAAAAACUCUGACAGAGCUGGCUAAAGUAAUGGGAAACCAUGAUUUGGCCAAGAAACUUCUGGAGCUCUACGGCACACCUGACAACAUUGAUGUGUGGCUGGGAGGAGUGGCUGAGCCAUUCGUCAAUGGAGGAAGAGUCGGACCUUUGUUUGCUUGCCUGAUUGCCACACAGUUCCAGAGAAUCCGACAAGGAGACCGACUCUGGUGGGAGAACGAUGGAGUCUUCACUGCAGACCAGAGGAAGUCCCUGAGGGAUACAUCGCUUGCCCGAAUCAUCUGCGACAACACUGGUAUCACUGAUGUACCGGAAAGACCCUUCCAGUACAGGCCUCGUGGAUCAGGAUACACCAAGUGCAGCGACAUUCCUUCAUUUGACCUCAGUCCAUGGAGGGAGGAUGGAGCAGUCCAAGAUGGUCCCAGAGGACCACCAGGACCCAGGGGACCACAGGGGGAGAGAGGCCCCCCUGGACCUCCUGGCAUGGUUGAAAAAGUUGCUUUCUCUGUGCGACUUGGAAACAACUUCCCCAAUGCCAACCAACCCAUCAUCUUUCGUGAUGUCAUCUACAAUGGACAGAACAGCUAUGACAUCAAUACCGGGUAUUUCACAUGCCAGCACCCCGGUGUUUACGAGUUCCAGUUCUACUGUACAAUCAACCAGUUCGAUAGUAGUGUGGAUCUGAUGCGCAACGGACAGCUGAUCCUGCACUCAUACACUACCCGGCAGAACGGUUUCAUCACAGCAACUGGCAGCGUGUACAUUAAGCUUGAGGGGGGAGACAGGGUCUGGCUCUUGACCAGACAUGGUAAAAACGGUCUCACCAGUGACAGUUUCUUCUCAGGGCAUCUGCUGUUCACUGAGUAGGAAACUGUGCUUGAUACAGCUGCAUCAUCAAACCACUGCAAAACAUCAGAUUUGAGCAGUUAUUUAAUUUAAUUCUACAAUCUACAUUGAGAAAUGUAAUCACCAAAGAUUAAAUAACAUCUUAAACUGACAUUGUUUUGUAGUGGUAGCCUACUUGUUGAUAGAAAAGCACAAUAUUUGUAAAACUGUGGCAUUAUUUGACAGUUUAAAAGCUGUGUACUAAAUGAAGAAAUAUUCUGAAUGCACUGAUGCACUAAAAAAACAAACAUAACCCUAACCCUCUAUUAAUGUGAUGUUAAAUGUGCAUGUUAAAUGUGAAAACAUGCUUCUUUUCUGUUGAAUUAAUCACUUUAUCGUCUAUUUACAUUGUCUUUGCUCUUUUUCAAAUCAAAUCAAAUCAAAUCAGAUUUUAUUUGUACAGCCCAAAGUCACAAAGUGUCACAAUUUGCCUCGGAGGGCUUUACAAUCUGUACAGGGAGUGACACCCUCUGUCCUUAGUGCCUUGUACACAUAUAAUUUUUUACUGAUUAUUUUGGAACAUCUGUUUAUGUCCAAAGUUUAAGUGUAAGACUUUGUCAUACAGAUUAACCUCUGCCUCUGAGUGAAAGUGAUGAUUAUAUAGAACAACACUUUGCAGAUCAACAAAUCCACAUUUGAUGAUGUUCUUAACCAGACCAGCAGAUGGCACUGACAUACCAGUUUUAAGGACAUAAAAAAAUGGCAGUCCUAAGAUUUGGGUGAACUCCAGUUACUCCUCUACAUACAGGAUGCAAUGCUGGUUCUCCAUUUGAACUGUUGAUUUGUAGAUGUAGCCUAUUUUGGUAUCAAAUAAUAAAUCAUAAGUUUAAUCUUAA